AUUAAAUUUAACUCAUUAUCUACAACAUAAAGAUAUCCUAAAUAAAUAAGAGAACGAUGGAAGAAUGUAUUGAAUCCAUAAAUAUAAAAAUGUUUAUGGGAUUAAAAAGAGAAAUUGAAUUUAUUACAAAUGGUUUAUAAAUUUGGAAAAAGAUGGUCAUUGAUUCAACGACAUAUGAAAGAUAGAAGUGAGAACCAAAUUAAAAAUUAAUAUAAUGCGAUAAUGAGAAAUUUAAAGAAAGAAAAAGUAAAAUUCCAUUAAUUAAUUGUUGAAGAUAUCUAGUGAAGAUGAGACUAAAUUGCUUCAAAAUAUAAUAUAAAAUCCAAAUUAAGACAUGUAAAAAUUGAUUGAUGGAUUUCUUCAUGAAGUAAGAACAAAAAGAGAUCAAAAUGAACCUAAAAUAACUUAAAAAAAAAUAAAAAUGGAAGUCAAAAAUAAUUUGAUUAUCAAAGAACAAAAUUAAAUGAUUAAAUAGAUUCCAGAAAUAAAAUAAAAUUUAGAGGUUUAAUGUAAAAAAAGUUCAUUUUAUUUAAGCAUCUUUAAUAACAUAAAAUUUAUUUUAAUAUUAACCAUAAUUGAAUAAUUUAAAUUAAUAUCCAAUAUAUUAAUUCCAUAUCUAUAAUUCGUUAGUUUAGUAGCAUUUUGA